UGGAGCUGCUGCGGCUGGACUCCAUGGCGUACACCAUGGCUCCUGUGCCGGCGGGCCCCGUCGCCUCCCAGUACUGCGUCUGCAAAGUCGAGCUGUCCAUCUGCGGCCAGAACCUUCUGGAUAGGGAUGUCACUUCCAAAUCUGACCCUUUCUGUGUCCUCUUCAUGGAAGUCAACGGGAAGUGGGUGGAGCUUGACAGGACAGAGACAGCUGUGAACAACCUCAACCCAGUUUUCGCCAAGAAAUUCAUCAUCGACUACCGCUUUGAAGAAGUGCAGAAGCUCAAGUUUGCCCUCUUUGACCAGGACAAGUCAAGCACACAGCUGUAUGAGCAUGACUUCCUGGGUGAAUUCUCCUGCACGCUGGGCAUGAUCGUUUCCAGCAAGAAAAUAACAAGGACCCUCCUUUUGGGGAAUGGCAAGCCAGCUGGGAAAGGGAUGAUAACGAUAGCUGCUCAAGAGCUCUCGGAUAACAGGGUGAUUACACUGAGUAUGGCCGGCAAAAAACUGGAUAAAAAGGACCUGUUUGGAAAGUCAGACCCUUUCUUGGAGUUCUACAAACCAGGUGAUGAUGGGAAGUGGAUGAUGGUCCACAGAACAGAGGUGAUCAAGUACACGCUGGACCCUGUCUGGAAGCCGUUCACUGUGCCUUUGGUGUCACUGUGUGAUGGAGAUGUGGAAAAGAUGAUAAAGGUGAUAUGUUAUGACUAUGACAGUGAUGGGGGACAUGACUUCAUCGGGGAGUUUCAGACCUCGGUGGCCAGGAUGUGUGAAGCCCAAGAUGCCUUUCCACUCGAGCUUGAGUGCAUUAACCCCAAAAAGCAGAAGAAGAAAAAGAAUUAUAAGAACUCUGGGAUCAUCAUUGUCAAGUCCUGUAAAAUAACCAGAGAUUUCUCUUUCCUGGACUACAUCCUGGGAGGCUGCCAGCUGAUGUUUACCGUUGGGAUUGACUUCACAGCCUCCAAUGGGAACCCACGAGACCCCUCCUCUUUGCACUAUAUCAACCCCAUGGGGACAAACGAAUACUUGUCAGCUAUAUGGGCUGUUGGCCAGAUCAUCCAGGACUAUGACUCAGACAAGAUGUUUCCUGCUCUGGGAUUCGGCGCCCAGCUACCACCGGACUGGAAGGUGAAGCCUUGUGGCCAUCUGUGCCUUGAGAUGGGUUUGUCCUU